CGGGUUAUCACUACAAUAAACAGCUACAUGAUGCUUUGACCCCGUUCUUUAUACUACAAUUCAAGAACUAGCGUAGCGGCGUCGAUUCUCAAGUAUGAGGCAUGAUCCUACGCCCGACUUCCCUCUCAUCCCUCACAUCGCUCCGCGGCGCCGGUCCUUUUCACUUCUCCCUUCUCGACCACGGAUGCUGCACACGCACGUGCACGCGCGCACGCACGAGGAGCUUGCCUCAUCCUUCUACGACCACGUCCACCCUUGAUCAAGCUCUGAGAGUACGAUGUCCGAAUACUAGAGGACGACAGACACGUGCCUUUUCGCAGUCUUGCGGCCCCUUAUCCUCCGCGGCCCACCCUCCCAACCACUAUGCCAUCCUUCGCAUCCCUCCCGACGCCACACCUUCGGACCUCAAGAAACAAUUCUACGUUUUGAGCAAGGAAACCCACCCGGACCGCAACAGGCAAGACCCCAAGGCCGCCCAACGUUUCGCCCAGAUUUCCGAAUCGUACAGCGUGCUCGCCAACCCGGAGAAGAGACGUCGGUACGACAGGGACGUGUACCACGUGCACCACGGCGGCCACCACCACACGCACUCCCGCGUGCAUGGUCACCACUCUUCCCACACGGCGCACAAGAGUUACGCCGGAUCGCGACCGGCGACGGGUCUCUCGAAACGCCGCAGCGCCUUCAAGGGUCCUCCACCUUCGUUCUACGCCCACGGGACACCCAGCGCGAACACGACGAGCCAAGCACAAGCCAGCGCGGCCGCGCAGGAGCAGGCACAGGCAGGGACUUUCAAUUCGGCGGCGUUUACCGACGCUGACGCGCGCGGUGGCUUCGCCUUCGAUCCAGAAAGUACUUUCAAAACCCAGACGCACGAAGAUUACCGGCGUGCGAAUCGACGUGCGGCGGAGGUGGAAGCCGCACGCGCCGCCGCCGCCGAGGAGAAUGACUUUUGGGGCAGGUUCAUCAUCGUCGCCGGCGUCAUAACCCUCAGCGUCAGCGUCGGCACGAUAGUGGUCAGCAUGGCGAACACACCGAGGGGUGGCCUCACGAGAGCGGAUGGAAGUCGAAGGGAUGGGCCGCGCAACGACUGGACGAAAGCAUGAUGUGGCCCCGGGCCGACCGUUGUUACUGUACUCGUAAGAGGGCUCGAGUGCCUGUGUAGACGUCGUUAAGAGGAUGUUUGCUUGGAGCCGGCGAAACUAGAAUUUUGGAUCGUUAACCGUCCACGCCAUAUAUAUGACACAUGUUUUGACAGACUAGAUAUCGGCACUCUCAGGCUCGAGUGCUCCUUUACAGCAUCGGCGAAGAGAAGGACGCGUUGUUGACAGAUGACCCACAAAUGGAUGGGACACUGGCGACAUUUCGAGAUCUUUUGUCAGAGUAAAAUGUGAAAGACGGGGUGGGGUGAUUGCAUAGAGGAAGGAGAGAAAUUUACUACAUUCUUUGCGACUAGUUGGUCUCAUGGAUGCGUUGCAUUGAAAAGGAUGACAACAAGCCCUUUCAUUCCCCGUUCGAACCUCGAAUGGUACGCGCAGAUCAAAAAAAUAUUGGAC